GCCCUGCAAAACCGAGGCGUAUAAGUAGGUAGAUGCAUGCCUGGUUAUGAGCAUCCUCACAAAUCAUUCAGAACAAGAAACACUACAAUGGCUUCAACUCAAAACCCUUUCACUGUUUUCCUUAUGCUCUCAGUCUUUUGCCUCUCGCUAAUCUCCACAGUCAAAUCAGACUCGUUUUCUUUCAACCUACCCAGUUUUGAGCCUGGUGUUAGAAGCGUACUAGUGGGUGAUGAUGCCAAGACAGUAGAUGGAGUGUUACAACUCACCAACAAGGACACAAGCGGCAAUCCAACUCAAGAAAGCGUUGGCCUGGCAGCAUACUUUGGACCACUUCAUCUCUCUGACGCAAAAACUGGAAGACUCGCAGACUUCGACACCGAGUUCUCCUUCGUUGUCAACACACAUCGUGCGUCACUGCACGGCGACGGCUUCACCUUCUUUCUUGCAUCAGUCGACUUUGAUUUCCCUGACAACUCCACCGGUGGCUUCCUCGGACUUUUCAACCCCGAAACAGCAUUCAACACCUCUUUAAACCAAGUGGUUGCUGUUGAGUUUGAUAGCUUUGCAAAUGAAUGGGACCCCAACUUCCCACAGUCUGAUUCUCCUCACAUAGGAAUUGACAUUAAUUCCAUUAGGUCCGUGGCAACUGCCCCAUGGCCACUUGAUAUUCAUCAAGGAUCAAUUGGAAAGGCACGCAUAAGCUAUCAAUCUUCCGCCAAAAUAUUGAGUGUCUCGGUGGCUUAUUCAGAUAGUUCUGUGAGUCCGAACACCGUUGUUUUAUCGUAUCCCAUCAAUUUAGGGACUGUUUUGUCAGAGUGGGUCCUGAUCGGUUUCUCUGGUACCACCGGUGACUUGGUUGAAACACACGACAUUCUUUCCUGGUCUUUCAAUUCCUUCUUGUAAAACAGUCCAGUCGGUGGCAGAAGAGAAUAAAGUGCUUGACUAGACAAAGAUGACGCUCUUUCAUGGUUUGAUGGGUGUUGUUACGAACUCUUGUGAUGUUUCUGUUUCCGAAUUCCCCAAUAAAUUUUUUCGAUAAGUUCAAUUUAUGAUUAAUAUUU